AGUAGGUGGGAGAAUGAUGUGUUGUGUGUGUUUUCAAGAAUUUCCAACUGAAUGAUCCUCCAAAAUCUCGGGAGUUUUUCUGUUUGCUGGACAUGUUAAAUAGCAGCCUCGCCCUGGCGCUGCUUGUGUCCAUCAGUCCGCCGGCCAUUGCGUCGUUCGAGUGCCGCAGCCAGGGCCAGCCGUGCGACAUCCCCAGCGACUGCUGCCGGGCCCGCGGGCUCACAUGCCGUCACGGCAACUGCUCUUGCGCCGACGGACUCAGGGCGUCGCCGUCGCCGCUGGGCACCACGUGCGUCCGCCUCGUGGCUUGCGGCACACUGUUGGCGGCCUGCAACGUAAGUGCCCCGUGUUGCGCCGGGCUCACGUGCACUGACGGCGCCGUCGCCAUUGCUCCUGGACACUGCGCCGCCACCGGUUAUGGACUCGGCAUUCACGACUUUGAACCCGUGCUCAAGAGGGAAUCAGGAGGAAUUUCGCCGACUCGAGUCUACCUCACGCACUUCUCAGCCGCCUCUUUCCUAGUAGUGAAACUCGUUUUGAAGAUCUUCGUCAUCAUCACGUGUUGCGCCUUGCUGCAGGACUGUCUGCGGCGGAAACGGCGUCCCCGGGAAGUGACGUUGCCGCUGUACAGAGUCGCCGCUCCGGGCGGUGCUGCGUCAGCUCGUGUCGGUCCCCCGGGAAUUGCUGUUCGUGGCGGCAGUGGCGGCAAUACAAGUGGCAGUAGCAGAAGCAACAGUAGGCGGUCCCGUAGGAUAGGCGCUGCUAAUAGAAGAGAGGCUCAUGACGAAGAGCCGCCUCCGAGCUACGAUGAAGUCACUGCGCCGCCGCCGAGCUACGAGUGUGUCGUGCAGCAAGACAACCGAGUUGGCAACGCUGUGUGA